UGUAAUUUCUGUGGGGAAUGGGUGCUGCCCAAGUUGCUGCAGGAGACAGAAAAAGCAGCUUGAGGGGUCGGCUCUGGACAUAGUCCUUUCUGUGUGUUACCCGACCCCAAAAAGGCAAGCUGAAGAGAGAACACACACACAGACCAAGCGACAAGAAAUGACCAUGACUACCAUGCCAGAGAGUCUAAAUAGCCCCGUCUCAGGGAAGGCUGUCUUUAUGGAGUUUGGGCCGCCCAGCCAGCAAAUGUCUCCUUCUCCCAUGUCCCACGGACACUAUUCCAUGCACUGUUUACACUCCGCGGGCCACUCUCAGCCUGACAGCUCGUACAGCACAGCUUCGUCCUUCUCCCGACCGCUGGGCUACCCCUAUGUGAACUCGGUCAGCAGCCACUCGACCAACCCCUACAUCAGUUCAGUGCAGUCCUACCCCAACAGCUCCAGCCUGACUCAGACCCGGUUAGAGGAGACAGGGACCGAAUCGGAGAAAAGCACUGUGGUAGAAGGAGGGGAAGUUCGCUUUAAUGGGAAAGGGAAAAAAAUCCGCAAACCCAGGACUAUUUAUUCCAGUUUGCAGCUGCAGGCUUUGAACAGGAGGUUCCAGCAAACCCAGUACCUGGCUCUCCCCGAAAGAGCCGAGCUCGCAGCAUCUCUGGGACUCACCCAGACCCAGGUGAAGAUUUGGUUUCAGAACAAGCGCUCCAAAUUCAAGAAGCUGAUGAAGCAAGGAGGGGCCGCCCUGGAGAGCAGCGCCUUGACCAACGGCAGGGCUCUCUCGGGCAGCUCGCCACCGGUGCCCCCGGUGUGGAAUACCACCUCCGCCUCCGGUAAGGCCUCGUCGGGGACCCCGGGCACCUACAUCCCCAGCUACACGUCGUGGUAUCCUUCGGCCCACCAAGAAGCUAUGCAGCAGCCGCAGCUGAUGUGAUUACAAACCCGUUUUCCCCUACCGCAAGCACUAUCGGUCCCGAAAAUAAUUAAAAUUAAUACGGAAAAAAAAAAAGAAAUUAAGUAAAAUAAAAGGAAAGGGGAAAAAAAGAGAGGAAAAAAAAGAGGGGGGAAGAGAGAGAGAGAGGAAAAAACACAAAAGAAACCCAAGCAAACAAACAAACAGAAGGUCUCUUGCCCAUCCAGCCAUUAGGACGCUGCACUGUAGCUCGGUGCAGGAGAGCACAGAUGUGAUGCGGGCCGGUUCCCACCGCUGACAGCUGACGGAGCGGCCCCGAGCACCGCACAACAGCCUGGGAGCAGAGCGAGCGCCGGCCGCGGCUUUGUGGGACAAUCAGAAAAAGAUGUCUGGGGGGGGGAAGCCCUCUCCUCUGUCCUGUCUGUCUGUCUGUGUCUGUUGAAAUGUAGGUCAUUUAUUUACUACCCCGAUCUGACGGUCUCUUCAAUUGCAAGGGGGAAGGAAGCCGUACAAUUUCCAGAGCUGCUUUCCCUCGACAUUUUCUGUACCUUUCACUAUCCAUCUGUGUAUUUUUGGUUGUUGUUAAAAGGGGAAGACAGGGGUUUUAUUUAUUGAUUUAAAUUACCACUAUGAGAGUGCUAGAAACAAACGGACAAUCCCGCUUGCUGAGCGCACUGCUCGGACACGGCACAGUUUACUUUAAGCAAAACCACACACGGUCCCCCGGCCCCAGCCCCCUCCCGCCCCAAUAAAUCACCACAAGAGAAGGAUGCGAUUUUUAACUUUUACAAUAACUUUUAUACUUCGCUGGCGUGGAGAGGUUUGGUCCGAAUGAUUUGCAUUUCUCGCGUAUUUAACAAAGGAAAUAAAUGCACAUUGUUUGGUACUCUGAAGUGGAAUCGCAGCAGCUGCCGAGCGCUUUUGCUGAGGUGAAGCGAGGCGCGGAGGACGGAACGAGAGCCCCGAGGGCGGCGGCGGCGGCGGGGCGGGGGGAACCACCGGGCGGGCGGCGGGCGGGCGCACCCGCGCAGCUCCGCGCAGCCCCGGCGAAGCUUCCCCGCGGAAAGCCGGCCCGAAGUCGAAAUGCACAAACCGACGUGCAGGAGCUACUCGCUGUACAUAUUUUAUUCUUAAUUAUUAUUAUUAUUAUUAUUAUUGUUCUGUAAACAUGUUGCACAAAUUUAGCCUUUUUUUUUAAUUAUUAUUAUUUCCGUUCUGUUUCGUGUGGCUGUAAAACAUGAUGCUUUGUGUACUGAGAUCUUGACAUUUUACUUGUGAAACUCGGAAGAUGUGAUAAACUGAGCUCGGCUGUGUUUAGUGUUCUAUAUGUCAAAGUUUAGUUUUAUAUUGAGAAUGUUAACUUAUUGCUUUGUAUCUGGGGAAGGAAAGGAAAACAAAAAAAACACACAAAUCUUUGUACAUAAGUUAUAAAGUUUCUUUGAGACAGUAAAAUUAUGGUUUGGAAAAAGA